ACCUGUAAUCCCAGCUAUGAGGAGGCUGAGGCAGGAGGAUCGCUUGAGGCCCCAAGUUUGCCACUAAACUUUGCAACAAAAAAGUUACUACUGAAUGGAUGUAGUAUUAGCUGACAAUCUGAAGCAAGGCGAUGUAACUUCAUUUACUCAUUUUUAAAGCCGCGAGGCCUUUUUUAUUUUUAAGUAAAAUCUUAUAAUGUAGCCAGAAUCAAAGGACAGCAGGGCUACUCUUUCAGGGGCGAGGCUGGAGAGGGUGAGGGUUCAGGGCCUUGCUGUUCUCUCUAGGGUAUUUCUGAGACUCAUCUCAGGGCCAUGAGAACGUGGUGCAGGAGCCACCGUUGGGAUUAUUCCUAAAUCUCACUUCUUGCACACCCAGCUCCCCACACCCUGCGAUCUGCAUCCCUGUGCGUACUGCGCGUGCGCAAGCCAACACCGCCACCCGCCCGCUCCGGUGAGGAACCAGUCUAGCUUCACCUCGGGUCUCUAGUGUCCGCUGCACCUGCUCCAGUCUGCGUUAAAGCUCCGAACUCCGCCGUCACAGUUCCUCAUCUUGGGUCUCAAUUUCAGUCCCCGCCCCCGCAGUUUCAGGCGCCACCAGAGCCGCGUGGCGUCCACACCAGCGCUGACCGUGCGCCCACCUGGCCCGAGGAGCAGCCGCAGCUUCACCCACAAAGAAUGGGUCUUCCCUGGGCAGCUGCGCUGUGCCUGGCGCCAGCCGCCCCAGCCCGGGCCGUGUGUGGGUUCUCCCUGCCCGGGACUAACCCGCUCUUUCCUCCCCUCCAGGAGGCCGCGUGUGCCUACGUGCUGAUGGUGACGGCCGUGUACUGGGUGUCCGAGGCGGUGCCCCUGGGAGCCGCGGCGCUGGUGCCUGCCUUCCUCUACCCGUUCUUUGGAGUUCUCCGGUCCAGCGAGGUGGCUGCUGAGUACUUCAAGAACACCACACUGCUGCUGGUGGGCGUCAUCUGCGUGGCGGCGGCCGUGGAGAAGUGGAACCUGCACAAGCGCAUUGCUCUGCGCAUGGUCCUGAUGGCCGGAGCCAAGCCCGGCAUGCUGCUGCUCUGCUUCAUGUGCUGCACCACCAUGCUGUCCAUGUGGCUGUCCAACACCUCCACCACCGCCAUGGUGAUGCCCAUCGUGGAGGCUGUGCUGCAGGAGCUGGGCAGUGCCGAGGAGGAGCAGCUCGUGGCGGGCAACUCCAGCGCCGAAGAGGCCGAGCCCAUCAAUCUUGAUGUCAAUACCAGCCAACCUCCUCUGGAGCUCAUCUUUGUCAAUGAAGACAUGUCGGCGGCAGACUUCGCUUCUCUGAUGCACAAGAACCUGAAUGGUGUGCCCAUGAUCACCAAGCCCAUCAGGACAGCAAAUGGACACCAAGGCAAGAAGCAGCAGCCAUUGCAGGAAAAGCCACUAGUCCUGACCCGAGGCGCCAGGAACCAGGAGCUGAACAGAAAGUACCGAUCCCAGCAUGACCAGAUGGUCUGCAAGUGUCUCUCCCUGAGCAUAUCCUACGCUGCGACUAUCGGCGGCCUGACCACCAUCAUCGGCACCUCCACCAGCCUCAUUUUCCUGGAACAUUUCAACAACCAGUAUCCAGCUGCAGACGUGGUCAACUUUGGCACCUGGUUCCUCUUCAGCUUCCCCAUAUCCCUCAUCAUGCUGGUCAUCAGCUGGUUCUGGAUGCACUGGCUGUUCCUCGGCUGCAACUUUAGAGAGACCUGUUCUCUGAGUAAGAAGAAGAAGACCAAGAGGGAAGAACUGUCAGAGAGGAGGAUCCAGGAGGAAUAUGAGAAGCUGGGAGACAUUAGCUACCCUGAGAUGGUGACCGGAUUUUUCUUCAUCCUGAUGACUGUUCUGUGGUUUACCCGGGAGCCUGGCUUUGUCCCUGGCUGGGAUUCUUUCUUUGAAAAGAAAGGCUACCGCACGGAUGCCACAGUCUCCGUCUUCCUUGGCUUCCUCCUCUUCCUCAUUCCAGCCAAGAGGCCCUGCUUUGGGAAAAGCAGUGAUGGGACGAGCUAUGAGUGUUCCCUGGGGAUGGAGCCCAUCAUCACAUGGAAGGACUUCCAGAAAACCAUGCCCUGGGAGAUUGUCAUCCUGGUGGGAGGAGGCUACGCCCUGGCUUCCGGCAGCAAGAGCUCUGGCCUCUCCACAUGGAUUGGGCAGCAGAUGCUGUGCCUGAGCAGCCUCCCACCGUGGGCUGUCACUCUGCUGGCAUGCGUCCUGGUGUCCAUUGUCACAGAGUUUGUCAGCAAUCCGGCCACCAUCACCAUCUUCCUGCCCAUUGUGUGCAGCCUGUCCGAAACGCUGCACAUUAACCCACUCUACACCCUGAUCCCAGUCACCAUGUGCAUCUCCUUUGCAGUGAUGCUGCCAGUGGGCAACCCCCCCAACGCCAUCGUCUUCAGCUAUGGGCACUGCCAGAUCAAAGACAUGGUGAAAGCUGGCUUGGGAGUCAACGUCAUUGGCCUGGUGAUAGUGAUGGUAGCCAUCAACACCUGGGGAGUUAGUCUCUUCCACCUGGACACCUUUCCAGCCUGGGCUAAGGUCAGUAACAUCACUGAUCAGGCCUAACACCAGUGGACAAAUUGGUCAGGCCAAACGAGCUGUACUUGGCCAUAUCUGCACCACAAAGAAAGCCACCAGCACACCCAGGCCCAGGCUAGAGGGCAUUUCCGCCAGAAGACCUGCCAUCUACCACCUUGGCCAAGAGCAGGGGUCCUCCAGCCACCACAGCCACGCGCUUGGCUGUGGGGGUCUUCCCCUCCACCCACCUGCCUUAGCACCAUCAGUCAAGAACACCCCAAAAUCUUCUCUCUUCUGUGUGUCUAGUCCUCCCAAUUGACUCUAAAGCUGGAAAAGGAAGAAAGCCAGUCUUACUUGCCCCUCAGGGGCAAAGCUUCAUAAGCCGACCAGCCUGCCCCUAGGGUUUACGUAAGAUGUUCUUAGGAGUUGAAGGAGCUACCCAAAUCGUUCUGGCUUUGCAGUGAAAACAGUGAGAUCUCCCUUGGGAAAAAGCUUGACCCAGAACUCAAGCCAUCUCAAUUGUUUCUGUCAUAAGGUUUCUCCACAAAAAAGCAAUUCUUAGCAGGUCCUUGUACUCUUAUCACUAUUCUGAAUCCAUCUUAAACAGCUCUCUUCAAUGGCUCCCCUCGACCCUGGCAUGCAACUCUGUAAAGAAAAUGUUCCCCUUGAGAAAGAAGCUGGCAAUAUUUUCUUUGUCAAAGGAAAAACAGAGAAAAGACACUGGGAUUAGCCUUUCUCUCUACCCAUACUAACCAGAAAUACCAUUGUCUGGCCAAGUAUGGGAAAGAGGAAAAACUUUAUACCCGUCUUACUGGGCAGAUUAAAACUACACUUAAGACCACAGCACUAUUAUUACUAUUAUACUGGCUUGUGGUUUUAAUGAGUACUUCCUAGCCUAAAAAGACAAAAGUAGUAUUGAGGUCCAAUCACUUCCUACAUGUGAGUGAGCCCUUUGAGAGGAUGGAGAUGUCUAUACUUCUUUGAGUCUGCCUAGGAAACACCUACCAUGUAAUAAGGCAGGGCUGAGGACUUAGCUCAGUGGUAGAGUACUUGCCUACCAUGUGCAAGGCCAUCAGUUCGAUCUACAGAACUGCAAAAAGAAGGAAAAAAUGUAGUGUUGUUAAGACGUAGCUGCUCAAUACAUGUCCCUGAUGAGAAAAAUCAAUGCCAAGCAAGGCCACUUCCUUCUUUCUGCAGAAGACCACGGCAUUUUCAUUGCUGGAGACAGCUCCUUCUCCAGUUUGCUGCCAUUAUGUAUUUCUGACUGCAACCAUCAACUGCUUGCUAAAUAUGUCUUAGGGAAAAAGGAGUGCUCCAUAAUUAUUGUACUGUAUUAAUUGACUUUAAAUUGCUACUGAUAGCAUGUGCAGUUUCCUCACAAUAACUUAUGUAUAAAAUCACACUUUUAGUUGGUCAAGUGAGUAUGAGUUGCAACACUUUUAGGCCAGUCAACAUACACACUCUCCAACUACAGAAUGUGACUGAACAGCUUUAGUCAGGAGUGUUACUGCUUUUACCCUGUUGAUUGGCUUAGCCAACAUCAGGCCAAUAUUAUAGUACAGAUCGUGUAAAACCAAAAGAAAUACCAGGGUUAGGCAUGCUACAGUUGGUUUGAUCGAGCCAGCCUCCCUAAAGUUGAUUUACUUCAACAGGUUCAAGAGUCAAGGUGUUUCUGCUGUUGUCAGGUGAACCACAUCCCAUGUGUGAACCAUUACUGAACUCAGACUCUAAGCCUGUAAGUCAGACAAUAAACAAGGCACAGACAAUCUGUAAGAUUCUGGGAACAUUGUAAGAAACAGAGAAAGAAAAGCUGACAUAGAAUUAAGUGCACUGAGAAUUACUGGUCACUGUUCAGCUGUCUGAGCCUGAGUCACUCCUGAAGGGAAGCAGUGCCAGCUCUGUCUCAGCAGCUGCUGCCAGGGCUCCCUGAGCUGGUGUUUCACUACUGUCUGCUCCAUGGGCCACCCUCAGGACCACCAAUGUUCUUCAAACAAGACUGCCCAGGCCGGUCACGGGGGAUGGCAGUCCCAUCACCUAGAGUCACUCCGCUGAGGGCCACCUUCUAGCCCUUCUUAGUAGUCUCUUGGUGUCAGGAUUGGAUUUUUAUCUUCUAACAUUGUACUGUAUGUUAGAGCUCUACAUGGUCAUCUAAUACCAGCUCACCUUCCAGAUGAUGAAACUGAGAGCCAAAGACACUAAAUAUAGCUGCACUUAAUCCUCAAGUUAAUUAUGUAUCAACUUUGCUUAGUCAAAGUUGCCUUUGAAAUUUCACCAAAUCGCCCAUAAAGACAUGGCAUCCAA